AAAGUGGUCCACAGCCUCACCAGAGCGAGCAGAACGGUACAGAAUCUGAAUACUCCUGCAACAUCCGCGGGUCUGUCAGAUCCAUUGGAGUCCAGGGAUAAAGAGGACUUUGCUGUGAGUUUUCUCGUGCCAGGAUAGUGGGGUGUAUUUCACAAUUUUAAAAUCUCUGUGAAUAAUCAAAGAUAACUAUGUCAAAGAAUUUCAAAAGUGGACCAUCCUUCGGACUUUCUGCCGAGGUCAAAAGUAAGUUGGCCCAGAAGUAUGACCCCCAGAAGGAGGAGGAGCUGAGGCUGUGGAUCCAGGACGUAACAGGCAAGAAGAUCGCUGAUCCUUUCAUGGAGAACCUGAAGGAUGGGGUCAUCUUGUGCGAACUUAUCAACACACUUCAGCCAGGAUCUGUGAGAAAGAUUAACACUUCCCCUCAAAACUGGCAUCAGCUGGAAAACAUUGGCAAUUUUGUCCGAGCCAUCACAGAUUAUGGAAUGAAGCCAUACGAUCUGUUUGAGGCCAACGACCUGUUUGAGAAUACCAACUACACCCAGGUCCAGAGCACGCUCAUCACCCUGGCUGGAAUUGCCCAGUCCAAAGGUUUCCACUCCAAGUAUGAUAUGGGAGUGAAGUAUGCAACAGCACACCAGCGGCGUUUCGCCCCAGACAUGCUGAAGGAAGGGCGCAAUGUCAUCGGCCUGCAGAUGGGUACCAACAAACUUGCUAGCCAGAAGGGCAUGACAUCUUAUGGCACGCGGCGUCACCUGUACGACCCAAGGGGGGGAAUGGAGAACCCUCUGGACCAGUCUACCAUCAGCCUCCAGAUGGGCACCAAUAAGGGUGCCAAUCAGUCUGGCAUGACGGCCCCUGGCACCAGGAGACACAUCUAUGACAAGAGUCUGGGCUUGGAGGACUGCGACACCUCCACCGUUUCACUGCAGAUGGGCACCAACAAGAUGGCGUCCCAACAGGGCAUGACCACAUACGGCCUCCCUCGGCAGGUCUACGACAACAAGUACUGCUCCAACCCCGAUGAAUUCGUCAACAACGGGGAGAGGGCUGAGUAUGACGAUCCCCCAUCCAGCUUAAACAUUGAGAAUACAGGAAAAAGUUCCUUGAAUGGAAAGAAGAAAUGACCGACGUGUUGCUGUUAACCUCUAACCCCUGAGGAACCAGAGACCACUCUGGGAUUCAAUCCCUCUGGAUGACACGGGCCCACAGAAUCAGACUGAGUCUUCCAGGACACAGGGACAUGGAUUAGUAGCUUUGAGCAGAUGUAUUCCUUAUGACUUUGCCUGUGUUUGCACCUCUGCGCUGCGCUGACAUCCCUGCUCUAGCUCACAGGCCUGCCAACCAGCCAUUUUUAUAGUAUUCUUUAAAUCAUUGGAAGAUCAGUAGGGUUCUCAAACCUGAUACUUUAAUUAAUGUGAGUCCCCAAAGGCAUCGUGAAAAGCAAAUAGAUUCGAAUAUUUAUAGUAUUAUCAGCAGUAUUCAACCCAUCUCACAUACUUCAUUAGUGGUAAACAGUGCAGAUUCAAUUUUAGCCAUUGUGCCAGCUAUGUUAAUGUGGAUGUCAUGUAGGCCAGUUUGCAUGAGACAAAUUAUAAUCCCCCUAUAAAGUCUCCAAGGCACACAGCUUUAAUAUAUUGUUGCGCUAUUUGCAUCACCUUGCUAGAAUAUGCACAUGGAUAGAAUUGCUAAUGACUAGAAGAAAGGUAGGACAAGCCAGGUCAGAGAGCCAUAACAUCUGCACGCUGUUAUACACGAGAUAACGGUCUAAUUAACAUCCACUUAGUCAAAGCACAAUGCAGCAGACCCUGUAUCACUAACUACUACAUGAUAUGGUGUACCCACCGCAGAUCUUGAAUGUAAUGUGAUUUUGAGCACUGCAAGAUGUGACGGUCAUUCUGUGGAUUCAUUAAGUAAUCACCUUGUACCAGCAGUCGCAAAUGAAUAACAUAAGUCAGCAACAUAUUUAUGCUCGGGAUAAUGUAGCCUAACACAGCCGCUAAUGGUUUAAACAUUAAACUGUGCAAACUUGAACAAACCUUUGAAAAGCAGGCUUGUUUGCUUGCUAAAAGGGGCUUGUUCAAGAUCAGACACUUCCUGUGUUGCACCUGGAACAUUCCACAGAACUCCCAUCUCUAUGCCUUGCAUGCUCAUGUCCAAAGCAUGGAUUGCUGUUAUACCUUGUCCAUAGACUGCUUACAGGAAGGAAACCAAUGUUAUUUUUUAGUUUGGGUGAACUAUCCCUUUAAGUUAAAUAUGAUAGGUCCUGAUAUCUGUUACUGGGCAGUAUUGUGAUAUGUUUUUAAAUAGGAGGUAUUGGAGAUAAAGCUACAUGAGUGUCCCUCCUGAGGUUCCGAUCUCAGGAAUUUAUAGUGAUGAUUUGUCAAACUUUUGAAGGCUUAAUACUUUAAAGGGAACGUUGUUUGAUGCUGAGCCCAUAAUAAUCUGAAGGCAGAAGUAUCCAUGUUGCAUUUUUUUCCCUACAUUAGUGUGCCAUCUAGUGUUUUGAAAUCUCUUUAACAUUUGGAAAAAAACAAAGACUACAUUCCAGACUUAAGGUAAAAGUCUUAUGUACCACAAGAGGCGUCUUUUAUUAAAACACCUAACUUAUUCUGUAUAGUAACAUGUCCAAUAGCUAUAUGCAAAGUCAAUUGUACAUUAAGAAAAUAUUUUUAGUUUAGAAUGAGAGCCAACAGUGCCUAGCCAAAAUAUAAUUGGCAAUAUUACCCUCUGGUCUAAAAUGUGUGUCAAUGUUGUUGACUAUCAAUUGUUCAGUCUUCUGAAAAUCUUGUAUUUAUUUGGCUUUCACUUAAAAUGAAAUUAGCUGCAAUACAAUAAAACACAUCAAAAUUACAAUUA